AUGGGCGACACCAAAGAGCUUGCCGUUGGGUACACCCGCGCCAAUACCACACAAUCCAACGCUGCCGUCUUCCUUCUCGACCGCCUUCAAAUCACCCCCGGCUCGCGCGUACUUGACGUCGGCUGCGGGCCUGGCAACAUCACCGCCCACCUCGGCACCCUCGUCGGACCCCAAGGCAGCGUAGUCGGCAUCGACCCCAGCCCAGAGCGCAUAGCCCUCGCCAACGAAUCCAUCGCAGGUUCGCCUGACAGCAACCUGUCAUUCUACGAAGGCGUAGCCGAAGACCUCUCCCGAUUCCCCAGCGACAGCUUCGACGCCGUCUUUGUCAACUCUACUCUGCACUGGGUCCCCGACCAGCCCGGCGCCAUCCGGGAAUUCGCCCGUGUGCUCCGCAAGGGCGGGCGUCUCGGCAUCUCGGGCGGGUCAGGCGACUUCCUCAGCGCGCAAGAGCGUAUCAAGGAAACAGUGCUCACGCGCGCGCCGUACAACGAGUACUACCGCGGGGCUGACGCUGGGCCGCCCAAGUUUUUGAAGCGCGUGGAAAUUGAGGAGUUAUUACGGGCUGCUGGUUUUGUGGAUGGUGGAUGGGAGAUUGUGGUGAACGGGAUUGUCAAGGCGACGAAGGACGCGGAUGAGAUGAUCGAUUGGUUAGAUACAAGCUCGUCGGGGCAGACGUAUGGGGGGAUUCCGUUGGAGUUGAGGCCAAAGGCGAGGGCAGAGAUGAAGGUUGAAUGGGAGAAGUUGGAGGUGCCGGGGGAAGGAAUCAGGAUGGAGAUGGAAUUUUCAUCAAGCGAACUACCCUCCGACAAAUCCACAUGCAUCGCCAUUACCAUGCCCGGCUCACCAGUUGAGAUCAUAGUUAGCUGGGAAGAGCCCGAAAAUGAGGAUCCGGCUAACCCAUUGAACUGGUCGGCGUUGGUGAAAUGGGCCAACAUCCUCACCUUGUCUGUAAUCAGCUUCCUCGUUCCCCUGGUAUCCUCCAUGAUAGCACCCGCCGUCCCACGGAUUAUGCAAGACUUCCAGACCACGUCCCCCCUCUUUGCAACGUUCUCAGUCUCCAUCUUCGUGCUCGGCUUCGCCUCCGGGCCACUCCUACUUGCCCCCCUCAGCGAGCUCUACGGCCGGGUUAUCAUCUAUAACACUACGAAUGUCCUCUUCCUGCUCUUUACGUUACUCUGCUCCGUGGCCCCCAAUGAACAGACGUUUCUGGCGUUCCGGUUCCUGUCUGGGUUUGUGGGCGUGGCUACGAUCACGAUCGGGUCUGGGACAAUUGCGGACGUGAUGCCGAAGGAGGAGAGGGGCCGGGCGGUGUCGGUGUGGUCGGUUGGGACAAUUCUGGGACCGAUGGUUGGGCCGAUUAUUGGUGGAUAUGUGUCAGAGGUCGCAGGGUGGAAGUGGGUGUUUUGGGGAGUUGCUGUCGUGAUUGCCCUCGCCACUAUCGCAGCUUUCUUCAUCCUCCGCGAAACUUACCCACCCGUUUUACUCGCCCGCAAAGCCGCCAAGCUCAACAAACUCAACCGCAACAAACACACAGACUCCAAUUCCACACCCCCCAUCUACGUCUCCAAACUUGCACUCGCCUCCAAAACCACCAACCCCAAAGACCUCUUUACGCAAGCUAUCCUCCGUCCCAGCGUCCUCCUUCUCACCCGCCCAGCCGUCACUAUCCUCUGCACUUACGUCGCCGUGCUCUACGGCACCCUCUACCUCCUCUUUGCCACCUACGCCUUCGUCUUCCCAGCCAUCUACGACUUCUCCCCUUCCGCAGCCGGGCUCGUGUUUCUCCCUGGGGGCACUGGCACGCUGCUAGGUCUGGCCUACACGGCGCGGUUCAGCGAUCGGAACAUCAAAAAGGUGAAUAAAGGCCAGUCAGAGCAAGGGGGGCCAGCGCGGAUGAUCACGCCAGAGGACCGUCUGCCCCUGGUUAUCACCGUACCAGGCGCGCUGGCCUUCCCCCUGGGCCUGUUCGUGUACGGCUGGACAGCGGAAUACGCAGUGCACUGGGCGGUACCACUACUCGGGACAGCCAUCACCGGGUUCGGGUCGAUUCUGGUGUUUGUGGGCGUGCAGACAUAUUUGAUCGAUGCGUUUGAAGGGCAUGCGGCGAGCGCUGUGGGUGCGAAUGCGGUGUUGAGGGGCUUGGCCGGUGCAUUAUUGCCGUUGGGUGGGUUGGGAUUGUAUGAGCGGCUGGGAUGGGGGUGGGGGAAUGGGUUGUUGGGGUUUCUGGCUUUGGGGCUGGCACCGGUGCCGGUUUUGUUUGGGAGGUACGGUGCGUGGAUUAGAGGUCGACUGCUGCUAGCUACCAUGGCCACCGGAACAAUUACCCUCUCUCUCUCCCUCUCCCUUUCCUUCGGCAUGUCCCUCUCCUUCUCUCCCCCAACACCAAACCUCUCAACCAACUCCUCCCUAUCCAUCCCCUCCAACCCCAACCUCGCCAACCCCCGGCCCGUCCCAAAAUAA